CUGUAACUAUCAGUUUGCAUUUGUGACAUUUGAUUUCUUGCAACAAGACUUUCUGACAUGCAUUGUGCGUACUUUUGAAAACUUAAAGGACUGAAACUGGAAUUAUAAUACAAUAAAUUGUGCGUUACCAAUAGUGGAUCUCUUUGUACAUUUUCCCACUUUAUUUAUUAACAUUUAAAUUUGUUACAACAAGAUUUUCUGCCACGCGUUAUGCAUACUUGUGAAUUUUAUUCUAAUACAAUAAAUUGUGCAUUACACAUAGUGGAUCUCUUUCUUUAUUUCUCAUUUCAUGUUUAACAUUUCAAUUUCUAGCAACAAGACAUUUUUCGAUGCGUUGUGUGUAUUUUGGAAACAUAAAAGACUGAAACUGGUAUUAUAAUAUAAUAAAUUGUAGGUUAGAAAUAGUGUAGACCUCUUCUUUCAUUUCAUACUUCAUUUUUAAUAUUUAAGUUUGUUACAACAAGACUUUCUGCCUUGCGUUCUGUGUGCUUUUGAAAACUUAAAGGACUGAAUCUGGUAUUGUAAUAUAAUAAAUUGUGCAUUAUUCAUAUGACAUUAAUUUUAUUUGUAUAUAACACAUACAAACCUUAUUUUACUUGCAAAUUAAUGUAGAGCUUAAAAUAAAAAUACAUUUGUCUUUUAUUAUAGUAAGCAUAGAGUCUACAAUAUACAUAAUGUGUUUGAAGCCAGAUAUAGGAAAGAGACCAGCUUCAGUUUUUUAAGUUUCCAAAAGUAUACAGAACGCAUGGCAAGAUGUCUCACUGCAAAAAAUUUAAAUGUUAAAGAUGAACCGAGAAAUGAAAAAAAAAAUCAACUACUUGUAACGCAUAAUUUAUUGUAUUAGAAUAAAGUUCAGAAGUACGUAGAACGCGUGGCAGAAAGUCUUGUUGCAAGAAAUUCGAAUGUUAAAGAUAAAGCGAGAAAUGAAAAAAGAAAUCUACUAUUUGUAACGCACAAUUAAUCGUAUUGCAAUAUCUGUCUCAGUCCUUAGAAUUUUCAAAAGUACACACAAUGCAUGGCAGAAAGUUUUGUUGCAAGAAAUUUAAAUAAUGAGAAAAUGAACAGAGAUACACUAUUUGUAAUAGAUAAUUUAUUGUAUUACAAUAAUAUAGAAAAAGAGAGGUCAGACUUAGUCCUUUAAUUUCUCAAAAGUACCCAUGACACAUGACAGAAAGUCUUGCUGCAUUUAAAUGUUACUGAUAAAGUGAUUACAUUCUUUCUUUCAUAAAUUUCUUGCAAAGGGACUUCCUGCAAUGCGUUCCGCGUACUUUUGAAACCUUAAAGGAUUCAAACUGAUCUCCCAUUUUCUAUUAUUUGAAGUCAUUCACUAUAGAAAUUAGCUUUGUAAAAAGAAGUGAGAUCCCUAUAAAAAAUUUCAAAAAAGUAAAAAAAUUACACCAAGUACAUGAAAAAGUGGAGGACUUAAACAGUAAUCAUAGAAAAAUAGAAGAUCCCCCUAAAAAAGUUCAAGAAAGUAGAAAAAGAAGUGAAAUCGAAAUGAGCUGCCAGUACAUGAAGGUGCUUUCCAGCAAAGUGCAAAGGCGAUACUGUAUAACACAAUGAAAAAUUCGGUGCUUUCCAACUAUGCGCAGCUAAAAUGCUGUGUUCAACAGUGCAGACAUUCAGACCCUAAUGAUAACUCAUGUAAACUGACUGCUCCGCACUUUGGCGGUGAAAUGAAGAAGCUAAAUAGUGUAUCAACCACAAACUGAGACUGUUUAGACAUUUGCCUAGAUGUCCGUGGCCUGGAAGUCAAACCAAGAAAGAAAUAAGAAUCUCACUGUAGAAAUUUUCUGGACUACACUAUUGCACAAUUAUAAAGGAAUUUCUUUACGGUUCCGCACUCAAACUCCGAUGCCGAACGCCGACCCCAGAAUACUCAUUCUGCAAAAUUGAUAAUAACUACUUAGUGGCGAAAUGCUCGCGAUGGCGCCGGUUGGAAGAGUUGGGAGACGUGGGGGAGCGUGAUUUAGAGCUAGUUGAGGGAUAUCUAGGACCGAAACUAGGAGGGUAGUGCGACGUUGAGUGAAUCGGAGGUGUAAGGGUAAAAGUUAGCGGAAAAUCACAAGUGUAAGGAGUGCGGAAAACUAAUUUUCUCCUGGGGAAGGGGCAGCUCUCUCCAGGGGAACAGGGGGAAGGGGACCAGGUGAAAGAGUCCCGAACAGCAUAGCCAUGGCGGGCGCAGGGAAAAAAAAAUUCCCUAGGCUAGUAAACACACGCGUGGAGGAAAUUAUAGGGAGAUUCGACAUUGGAACACUCAGGAAGCGCAAGGUGGCGAACAGAUCGCCGGACAUAACUGAAAGCGAGGAAGAGUGGGCGGAAGUACAGAGGAAAGGAAGAACAGAACAAAGAACCAGACCAAACGAAAUAGUGACGCGUAAGCACGAGGACAGAGAAAAAAAUUUCAAGAAAAACGUAGAAAGUUAAAAAAUAGAAAAGAAAGAAUAUACGGGGAAAAGACCCCCCGGAAAGGAAGAGAGUGAGAAAAAUACUAAUAAUAGCAAUAAUAAUAGUGCCCAAGAAAAUAAAGAAAAUAGAGACACAUGCACGAGGUGGAACAAUAAAGAACCUAGGUAGGAGCAGCAAGGUAACAGAAUUAUACAGAGUUAACCAGGACGAGGAGGAGGUAAAGUCCAAAGAUGAGGACUACCUUAAAUUCUGUGAAUGUAUAAUAGACUACAAAUCAGCUUCAAAGAUCAAGAAAGUAAAUUACAUAAGAAUUUUCAAAAACAUAAACGCAUUUAAUUCACAGAUAGAAGCAAUCAGAAUGAUCACAUACAGAGGAGCAGAAAUUAGUUUUAAAAAUCCAUACAGAGGAAGAGCAAUAGUUAAAGAACUUCAAAGUAAAAACAAGGACAACAUGGAAUUCCGUAUCCCAUUCAGGGCAGAGGAGAGAUGGGGCGUUACAAGGGAAUGGGAGUUCUCGCCAGCCGAACUUAUACAGGAAGCAGAGGAAGGACAAAAUCUAAUCUCGGCUGAGAGAUUAAAGAAAAGGAUUAAAACGGAAAAGGGAACGGAUUAUAGAGAAACUGCGAGGAUUUUACUAAAAUUCGCAGGGGACUCUCUCCCAACAAAGCUAAGUAUUUACGAUGGAGCCAUAAGUUUGAACAUAACACCUUACGUCAAGGCAGUAAAGCAGUGCUUCAACUGCCUGCAAUACAGGCACUUUAAACAAAGAUGUAGAAGGGAAGUGAAAACGUGCUUUAUAUGUGGAGAUGCCGAUCAUGGCAACUGUAAUAAAAAACCGCAGUAUGUGAACUGUGGGGGUGAUCAUGGGGCUCUGAGCAGAGACUGCAUACAUUGGGCUCUGGAAUCGACAACAAAUAAAAUAAUGGCAUAUAAGAACCUAAGUCUCUUGGAACCAAGGCAACUAGCUAAAAUGGAAUUGGGAAUAUUUGACAAGUCGAGGAAGGACGACAGACAAGUAGAAAGUCUAAGAGUGGAUGACCUGAAUUUCCCAAAAAUUCAACAGAAAAGAAAGUACCCCGUUAAAGAAACUGAAAGAUGUGAGAACCUGCCAGUCCCACUAAACAGGAGCAGAUGGAACAGAAAUCAGGUAUCAAAACAAUCAGUAAUAGAACUCAAAAACAGAUUCGAAAACCUACAUAUGGUGGAAGACUUCCACAAAAACAGACACGACUCUUUCAUACCCAUGGCACAAACAGAGAAGGAGGAGGUAGUGAACAGAUACGAAAACCUAAGAGCAAAACCAUUACACAAAGGCAGAAGACCGCUGACGGAAGAAGACAUAAAUUUACUUUUAGAAUGGAUCCAACAAGAGGAAAUGGAAGACAUGGUAAUAGAUAAAAUCAAUAGAAAUAGGAGGAUCGCACACCCAAAAAGAAUCGAUUUACACGAUGACAGAUACAACGAUAACAGGAAAAAUAGAUACCCCACAAGAAGAUAUGGAACGAAUGUGAACUUCGAAGAACCCUUGCCUAAGGAGGCCUAUAAAUUCACGAAGGAAGAGGAAAUGGACGGGGAAUUCGGUUUCAUCAGAUCAUCAAGAAACUCCAACCAACCUGAUAGAUACAGGAAGACGUAUUCAAGGAAAACAAUCAAUAAAGAUCCUAAUGAAGAAGUAAGACCCAGCACAUCUAAAAUAAGGGAACCGGCCCAACAAAAAAAAUACCACAAGAAUCAGAAGAGAACAAUAAGAAAGUGACAGAUAAAAGCCAUGAAAACGUAGGGUAUAUGUCGGAAGAGGAAUGGGAGGGCCCCCAAGCACCUAACUCCCCGGAAGAAAGAGAAAAGUCAUCACGGGAGGAGGAAUCUAACGAACAAAAUGAGAGGGAAAACCACUUCUAUGAGGUUAUCAUGGAAUUUGGAGAAAUCUGAACGGACCAGAUAGUAGAAGUCACAACGGAAAACGAAGAAGAACAAGGAGAGGACAAUAUGGAAAGUGAGCACUUCAGCGAAGCUGUAUCUACAGAAAAUAACCAGAUCGCAUUAAGGAGAACAUGCACAAUUAUGUAAGAAUAAGUUUUUGGAACGCUAGAAGUUUAAGUAAUAAAUAUAACGAAGUAAAAAGAAUAAUUGACGAAUAUGAUAUAUUUUGUAUAAACGAAACCUGGACUUUUCAAAAUUUUAAUGAAUAUAAUAUUAAACAAUAAAAAUAGUCGGAAGGAUAAUAAAAACUUCGCCACAUCAGGUUCAGGUAUGGUAAUCAUUUAUAAAGAUAACCUAAAUAUAGAACUAACCAAAGAAAAAAGUAUAGAAAACCAAUACGAAUAUAUGAAAUUCGCAAUCAAGAAUAUGGAUGACACCGAAGUUUAUGAUAUAAACUUUGUAUACAGAAACCCCAAAAUAAACGCAAGCUACAGGAAAUGCAAAGAACUAUUCGAGGAUCUGGAACUAAAAGAAGACUCAAUCAUAAUAGGAGACUUAAAUGCAAAACAUACGGACUGGAACUGUGAUACACAGGAUAUUUCAGGGAAAAAUCUAAAGGAAAUUCUGGAGGAGUACGACAUGGUGGUACAAAAUUACAAUACAAUAUCAAGGUACAACCCAAAUAGCAAGGGUGUUAAUAACUCAAACUUGGACCUUAUAAUAACUCCCCCCCCCCCCCCCCCAGCUAACGAGAACGGUUAACUUUGCAGAAUCAGGUGAAUGCUCAGACCACCAAAUAAUGAACUUCAGGCUAUAUACAAACGAGAAUCUAGGUUUGGAAUCGGAAUGGCCCAAGAAACAUCUAGGCAAUAGAAAGUUAUACAAAAACAAAGAAAGAGUAAAUUGGAUGAGAUUCAGACAAAAACUGGAAGAGAGGAAAACCAAAAUAGAUCAGGAUUGGGAAUGUAUGAUAAACAUCAAUGAUAAAUACCAAAGAUGGUGUGAAUACAUAUACGAAGCAUUUCAGGAAAUAACCCAGCUCAGGGAAAAUAAUAAAAAAAAGAACCAGAAACCACAAAAUGCAGAAAGAAACAAUACAAGAGGAAGAACAAAUACUAACAUGGAGAACCCAAGACAAGACCACAGGAAGAGGAGAAA